AAUUUAGGGGCAAAACAAAAUUUCAAAUUCAUGUUAAUGCGACCGCAUGGAGUCUUUGAAACUUUCUCAUCGCGCGAUAUCACGCGACCAUGCUUUUGUCAAUGAACGAGGAAUGGAGCCGUUCGAAGGUUUGAUAGACCAAGAAAAACAAAGGAAGACUUUGAUCUGAAGCUACACAUCUUGCUUAUAAAUAGGAUCGAUGCCUGCCUUGAAGGCAAUGCACUCGAAACUUUUGAAACAUUCUGGUGCCUAAAUCAAUACUGCCCUCGGGGAACUAGCAGUCUGUUCUCUACUAGGAGAUUACAGGAUCUCUCGAGGUGAAUAAAUACUUGAAUAGGCUUAAUUAGAGUUGUGAUGGAGAAGAGACUUCUGAAACUCAGGAACACUGAGUCAAUGAACGAGGGAUGCAGCAAGUUAGUCAGAAAUCGCCGGGCUAUUGCCAUGAAGAGAUUUCCGAGAUCAAAACAAAACCGAAAACUAAAAGCAAACAUGGAAAGCUUAAGAGAAGACAUGGCGGAGAUAGGUGAAGAACAACAACGCAUCAAAGAUGGGCAAACGGAAAUCAGGAGGAGCUUCGAAGAGAUUGAAUCUCAAUGUGAUCAACUCAACAAGGAAACGUCUCUGAUAUUGCGACAAACUCUGUACAAUCAACAACGCCUCUGUCUUAUAUUCAAGAUCAUAAAAGCACGAGAAGACAACGACUUUUCCAUGGCCACUGAGCACACUCGACUUCUCAGGGAACUGAUGAAGCAAAAUAUGGGAAGCAAUAUUUGACAUUAAUUUGCAGAUGCAAGUGAUAGAGUAAUAAAAAGAAUGGUUAAUAAUGAUUUUAGACCGUCGACGCCACCCAUUCUCUAGAUAGUUGGGAUUUCUUUAAACAGCAAGAAUUUCAGUAAGUUUAGGUUUAAGAAGCAAAAGAUCAACGAGUUCUAUCAAAAUUCUCAUUAAUCAACAAGUAAAUUCUUUAAUUCUCUUUUUCAAAAAAGUUCAAGUUUCUUUUAUAUUUUCUAAAAUACAUUUUAUUAAAUAUGAAAUCAUAUAUUUUUUUAAUUAAUUGUUUUAAUUUUUUAGGAAACUUCUAUAUAUAUACAUACCCUUAUUUGAUGUCCCCAUUUGUUCGAAAUCUUCACCAUUAUUUUUAAUGCUCUUGUUUUUUUAAAAAAAAAACUAUAAAUAAAUAAAAAAAGACCACCAAAAUAUGGAGUCGAACAUUUUUUUUAUAUUUUCUUUUAAUAUAUUUUUUAGCUCAUUUCAUCCUUCUUUGGCUUUCAUCAUAAAAAAAAUAGGGCACUUCAAUUUUUAUUUUUUAUUUUUUAAUGAUGGCCUAUAAGGUGCUGUAUUUUUCUUUGGUGGUGGAUUUUUUGUUUGUUUUUGCGUUUUAAAAGCGUAUUUGAAAAAAUUUAUUUUUUUUUAUUUUUUUUUGUUUCAAAUUAAUAUUUUUUUGGUGUUUUUAGAUUAUUUUGAUGUGCUGAUGUCAAAAAUAAUUUUUUAAAAAUAAAAAAAAAUAUUAUUUUGAUAUAUUUCUGAAUGAAAAAUACUUUGAAAAGCAACUGCAACCACACUUCAAACACACGAGAUUGGGAAUAGAUAGGGGAAAAGCAGUUAUGAUCAAUUGUGUUUGUUUUUUUUUCUGUGUUUUUUUAACAACAAUAAAAAUAGUACAAAUAAAUUUUUGAAAAAUAUAUUAAAAAAGAAGAUGAAGAAAUCAAGCCAAAUAUUCUAAUAUGUUCACUUAUGGAAGGAAAAUAAUUAGUGAUAAUUGAUAAUUUAAAAGCUUGUUUUAGGAAGUAUAAAAGUGCUUGAGCUUUUUCGGAAAAGAGAUCUAAACAAUGAACUUAUUGGUUAACGACAAAUUUGAUAGCUCUCGUUGAUAUUUUGUUUAUAAAAUUGUUACUCUUAUAUAUAAUAAUAAUAAUAAUAAUAAUAAUAAAAAGUAGAAGGCUAUUUAUAAUGGGUCCUUAUGGACAAAACAAUUAGUCUUCUAUAUCAUAGAAUUUACAAUAUCAGAUAUUGUACUAGUUUGUGAAUUUACAAUAUAUGUUGUAAUAAGACUCUUGAAUUUAGUUUAAUUAUGGACAACUUUGCGACUAUAUGGAGUUUACUACACUAUAGAGAUUGUUAAAGCUCAA